AUGCAAUAAACAUAACAAGGAAAUAAUUAUGCUUUAUGUUGCUUAAAACGAGCCAGGAUUUAGCAGGCUAGCUUGUAUAAUGUCAGCUUAAAUAAAGCAAAGAAAAGAUGGGUUUAAUUGAUGGGAUAAUCAUAAGAUUUAAUUUCUAAACAUAAUUUUAGAAGAGAGAGGAAAUUCAAUAUGGCAAAAAAAGAAAUCAAGUAACUAAAAAACUACUAUAAUGAUUAAUUAUCAUAAAUUUUGAUUUCGAUUGAUGAACAACUAAUUAAGAAUAAUUAAAACAUUCAAGAUUUCAUUAAAUUAGAGAAUAAAUAAAUAUUUGAGUUGAAUGAAAAAUAAGUUGAAAAAAAGAUUGAUUUAUUAAGUUAAAAAGAUAAAAAUAUACAUUUACUUGAGUAACAAGAGAAGUAAAAUAGGCUUGAUUAUUUGUUUUAUCAAAACAUAAAAUCUAAAUUAAAGUAUCUUAUUAAACAUGAUUUGUUUUGCAAAUAAAAACUAAUGAAGAUUUUGAAAGAAUAAUAAGGUAUUUUUUUUGAUAUCAUUAAAUUAGAAAAUCAUAUAAAUUAAGUUUUAAUUCCCUUUCCACCUUGCCAUAUUUAUAAAUGA